AGUUUUGAGUGAGGGGUGCACAUGUGGCGGGCCGAACGCCGUGUGCCACCGUGUGUGCAGUGACCCGAACUGUGAAGCGGUGAACUCCAAAGCGAAUUAUAACCUAUAAGUUAAACAUUUUGUUUUACUUUUUAGUCCCUUUGAACUUCACUAGAAAGCGAUACAAAAAGUAGAAAACACAGCCGCCUGAGCCAACAAUACCUACAAUGUCAACGCCCAGGCCUCAGUGGUUCUUGUUCUGCCGUCGAAAAGGAAGCAGCCAUUAGUAGAAGAGCCAAGAAGAUAACGUAAUCUUUACUAAACAAAGAUGUUAUUGAAGAAGCCAGUUCAGCUGAAUCGCACGCGGUUGUUGCCAAUGCUUCUGUUUGAGCUUCUGCUUCUGAACGUCUCCUAUGGAACCACAUACAAUCUCACAGCCAUCGACCAUGCUGUAAACACCACAGCCCUAACUGAGUCACCGGGUGGGAGUGUGACCCAGUGCGCAGUCCGCUGCCGUCGCCACCGGGCCUGCGUCUCCAUCGAGACAUCCUCCACCUCCUGCCGUCUGCUAGCUGCCGUCCCCUUCGCCGACCAGCUGACCCUCUCCCCGGGGGUACGGGUGUUCACUGACGUAGCCGCUCCUACACCGGACCACCGCGUACCCCACCAGUGUCCCUCCAACUGGCAGAGAGUCGGCAACGCCUGCUACUUGAUCAUCCCUUCCGACACCGAGUCUGGCUUCUGGGAGGAGGACAGCAACCUCUGCAAGAGCAAGUUCCACGCCGCCACCCUCCUGACCAUCGAGUCUGAGGAGCAACUGACGUACAUCAAAGGAGCGGUAAGCGGCCGUGCCUGGACUGACAUCAGAUACAUCAACGGCACCUUCCAGCCGGCCGGAGGGUCGCCGCACACCUUCUGGAAGGAGCUCUGGUGCGACGGAGAGCCUCAGCAGAAUGAUGAUGGUUUCGUGUUCUUCCUUCAGGGCCAGGGAGAUUGUCUUCAUGCGGAGACAUAUGCUGUCUCAACUUCUUUCCGCAUGCCUCGUACGAAUGUCGUUUGUGCCAUCUAUGCAGGAAACUAGUGGUGGUUUGAGGGACGAAUCAAUCACAAAAUGAGUGUGUAAAUCCGUCUCCUUUUUCACGCCAUUUCGUCUUCAUAUGAGUGGUGCGUGAAAAACUACUCACAUGUGCAGAAUUUCGAUAAUGCAGGCUACGGUGUGACAUUUUGUUAGGAUUGUAUGUUUUCUUUGCGUGUGAAACAGUGUGAAAGAAUGACGUUUAUGACUUCACAAUACUCAUCAAUUAUGCUCGGUUACGUCUAACAUGUAAAUGCUACCGUCUGUAAUACGAGUAUAUGUCUUUACAAUAAACGUGCUACAAGAUCAGAAUGAGAUUUAACCCUUGCUAACAAAUGAUGCACAGCAAUUGUUUGAACAUUCAAUAAACGGCUAAUCAUAUUGGACGAAGCUGGUUUGGAAGAUGAAAAGAACUAGAACGCUAAAUGAGUUGAAAAUGAAACUGAACGUUCCGAUACAGAUAUGUCGAUAGUGCCGCUUUCGUGGGUUCACUUCAUUGAUUACCACGAUCUUAAUCAGUUCACACAACCGGUAGCUGGUCAGAAUCCAUGACCAAACCGAUGAACCGUUUACGAUAAGGCAUCUUGAAUAGGUACACGUGAGUGCAAUUAGCCACUAUUACGUGUACAUAACACUUUCGCUCGAUUCGUAUUGCAUGGCUCAUUCACUCCCAACAGACCAUGAAGCUAAGGUCAGGCGUGAAAUUAGAAGCCGUGCCAAAAUCAUGAUAGGAGCAUGUUCGAGAUCAUCUGAAGCGUGCCAUUAUCUUUUCGUGCUUGAAGAGAAUAAAUACAGACUCGAAAGAAGUGUAACAGGUCAUGAACGUGAAUAGCG